CACAUACGGUAAAAGGGUUUAGUCUACGUUGCACUUUCAUAAACCCUUAAAGGGUUUAUUAUUCUACCCUUUUUUUUACAGUGUAUUAGAAGAACCACCAAAUUGUAUCACGCAAAAACUAUCAGAAUUUUCAAAAAUGGUGUUCUUAUAGGAAACAGAUUAGUUUCUUAAAAGGGGUUUCUAUUAUGGGAGGGGGUUUAGCGUACCUCAACUUUAAUCUAUAAAUUUAAAGCUAAAACAAGCAUAUUUUCAAGUUUAACUUUCUAAAAAGUCAAAAUUUAAAGUAUAUUUUAUAGAAAAAAAUUUUUCAGAAAAUCUUUCUUGUGUUAAAAUUAUUUUUUGAUGAAACACAAAUAGUUCUGAACAGAAAAUUUCUUUCAAUGAAAGAAUCUAUUUGAACUUUACCUCUUUGGAAUGCAAAUUUUAAUCAUACUUCUUUCAACUUCAAAGUAAAGUUAAGCUGGCAUUCUUGACAAAUACCUAGUUUAUUAAUCAAAAAUAGAUCUGGAACAAAACAUACUCUUAAACUUGUAAUAAAAUUUUCUAAUUGAAUCUGGCGAUCGUUCCGAAGGCACGGCAUACUUCUGUCAUUUUUUGUCAUGUAAGUAGUACAUCUUACACGCUCUGUCAACUAUUCGAUAAAGAGUUUUUAACAAUUAAUUUACAAUGGCCUCUGACUCCUAGCGACUCUCUAGUAGUGUGCAGCUUCGGAUGGAAUUAGGAAUGAAUGUAUUAAAGUGUUUAUAUUGUUUCUUAACUGAGACAACUCCAACAUCAACAGCAUCAGCUUCAUCUUCACUCAAUUACAUGCAUAAAAAUUUUCUUGUGAUCUGACUCAGUAGUUUAAAAUAUUUUUAAUCUGGACCCGGAGCCGGACCCGAUGAGCUCUAACUCGAAACAGUCGAUCGUUUGACAUUUUUCUUUUUUCACCAGUUAUAUAACCAACAAGCAGUCUGUUUAUGUAUAUAUUUUAUAUCAUCAUUGAUUGAAGCUUUAAAAUAACAAUGCUCUAUAUGUGGAUGCGCCAUAUUAAAAACUUUCAUUCCAGAAAAUUCUUCUUUUGUUGUAUUUAUUAAAUUUCGAGUAUCAUCUUAUUCAUCCUCAUCAUCGUAAUCAUCAUUUUAUGAAAGCCAUCAUUAAUACUAAGAUCAGCUGUUUUUCUAUUAUCUUCAUCAUUAUCACCAUCAGCAGCCAUUGACCACAUCAGAUAAUGUACUUCAACAAAUUGCAUCACCAAAUUUGAUACCUAUUAUAGUACCAUCAGAUACAGUACAAUCGAAUUCAACUUCAAGCACAGUAUUUUCUAUAUUCAAAUCAACAGAAGAUGAAACUUAUGAUAUUAAUACGUAUUAA